AUGGCCAUGGCCACCUUCGCUGCCACUCCCGCGCUCCUCUCCCCAUCUCCCCCGCCCCCCAACCCCGCAGCCCAUGCACUCCGCGCGCACCAGCCCCGCCCCUCUCUCCCGCCCCGCCUCCAAACUCCACGCCGCCUCCGCGUCACCGCCCCCGCAGCCGCCCACGCCGCCAGCUCCCUCUCCUCCGCCCGCGGGGACCCGCGCGAGGCGGAGGCGGCGGUGGCGGAGCUGCUGCGGGACCACGGCGCGUCGCCGGAGGACGCGGCGGCCAUCGCCGCGCGCGCGCCGGGGUACGCGGACAUGCUGGCCGACGGCGUCAGGGAGCUCGACGAGCUCGGGCUCUGGGCGUCCUGGAGCGCCGGGGCGGGCGCCGGCGCCGGCGCCGAGAUGGGCGCGCUCGCGUUCGGCAGGAAGGUGUACUUCAUGGGGCGGAGCCGGCGCGAUGGGGCGGUAGUCCCGCUCAUCGAGAGCCUCGGCGUGCGCCUCUCCUCCGCCAAGCUCAUCGCGCCAUACGUCGCCGCCGAGGGCCUCCCCGUGCUCAUCCACAGGGUUAAGUUCUUGAAGGAAAUGCUAUUUUCAGGCAGUGGUUAUGAAACUCUAAUCGGACGGAAUGCUAAGCGCAUGAUGAUGCACUUCUCAAUACCUGCAGAUGAGGCACUCCAAACUACACUGUCAUUUUUCGAAAAAAUGGAGGCCAGACAUGGUGGUCUGAGCAUGUUAGCACACGGGGAUGUGUCAUUUCCUUAUCUCAUCGAAUCAUUUCCAAUGCUUCUUCUUUGCUCAGAGGAGAAUCAUCUUAAGCCAUUAAUUGAUUUCCUUGAACACAUUGGAAUUCCCAAGCCAAGGAUUCCAUCAGUUUUGCUGGCAUUUCCUCCUAUUAUCCUUUCUGAUGUCGAAAAGGAUAUCAAGCCAAGGAUUCAUGCAUGGGAGAAGGCUGGCAUAGAACAAGAAUAUAUUGGCCGGAUGUUGUUGAAGUAUCCAUGGAUUCUUUCAGCAAGUGUGAUAGAAAACUAUAAGCAGACGCUUUUGUUCUUCAACAGAAGAAAGAUUGCCAGUACAGCCCUUGGUAUGGCUGUCAAAAGUUGGCCUCACAUUCUAGGUUGUUCAACAACGAGAAUGAAUUCAAUUCUGGUGCUGUUUGAUGAUCUGGGCAUCAGCAAGAAAAUGGUGGUCCCUGUUCUUACAUCAAGUCCACAGUUGCUGCUGAGAAAACCUAAUGAGUUUUUGCAGGUUGUUUCCUUUUUUAAAGAUAUGGGUUUCGAUAAGAAAGUAGUGGCAAAGAUUGUCUGUCGUUCUCCAGAAAUUUUUGCUUCAGAUGUGGAGAAUACCCUCAAAAAGAAAAUCGACUUUCUUAUUGACUUUGGUAUUUGUGAGCGUCACCUUCCUCGUAUCAUUAAGAAGUACCCAGAGCUUUUGUUGUUGGACAUAAACCGCACACUGCUGCCCAGAAUGAACUACUUACUGGGGAUGGGCUUGUGUAAGAAAGAUGUGUGCUCAAUGAUCUCAAGAUUCUCCCCACUUCUGGGUUACAGUAUUGAGCUUGUGAUGAAACCAAAGCUUGAGUUUCUGUUGCGAACCAUGAAGAAGCCUCUUAAAGCGAUUGUGGAAUAUCCGAGGUACUUCAGCUAUUCUCUGGAGGGGAGGAUAAAGCCACGGUUUUGGAUUAUCAAGAGUAGAAACAUUGACUGCAGUCUGACAGACAUGUUUGCAAAGAACAAUGAACUUUUUGCUGAAGAGUACCUUGGAAUAGAAACAUGACUGUGGUACCUUCUCUACAAUCAAGCAAAGGUGGUUAAUUUCUGGAUUUCGAUCAAGAGCGGACUAUUUCACGGUGAUUGAUUAUACAGAUUUGUGAUUCCAUCUGGAUGUAGGGAGGAUGUUUUACAGAUGGGAAGCCACUUCUCCAGUGUUCAGCAUUCAGAAGGUAAUACGUACUUGAGAUACUGCAUUUAACUGGAAGACACGGAUUAAUCAUUUUAGUGUAACUCAUUGCUAGAAUACCAGUUUGUCCGCCGGGAUAUCCCCUUGAGACCAUAUUGAGGAAUUGAAGGCCAACCACUGCAUCACCAUUUUUAGACCCUGCAACGGCACCACCAUUGACAACAGAUGGCCGACUGCCGAACCUCUGAGAGCUGACCGUCCCUGUAUCAGCAAGGGUGCCGCCUGGAAAGAAGAUACGAUGUUUGUGUGCAUAUGUCAAGCUGCACAUUCAUGUAUCAGCAAGGGCGCCACGUCAACUCUCGUGCUUCAGACUGCCUGCUGCUAUGUUUGGCAUGAUCCGCGCCAUGAAGCAUCCUCCCUGAGAAGAAGGUCGUCGCAUCUGGUGCUUCGUCGGCUGGCAGGAGCAUGAACUCUGCUCUAUGUCUGGUGGUUGGUAUGCGGCUCUUGUCGAGGCAUAAUUCAGAAGAGGUGAAGGUUGUGAGAUCGAUUUCGCCGCGGAUGCCUUUUUGUUAAACAUCAGUUUCACCCUUUUGCGCUUACAGUAUAUAUAGUAGUAUACUGACUGAGCUGUAAUCAUAUUUGUUAUAGUAAAGAUCUGUUGAUUUCA